AUGCAUGGUGGCUGGAGCAGGAUGCUGAGAGUUCCCAUCAUCAAACACAAGCGUGAAACAGAGUGUGAAAUGGAAGGACCCGUGACAUUAAGGGAUGUCACCGUGGAGUUCACCAAGGCAGAAUGGAAGUUGCUGACCCCUGAACAGAAGGCCCUUUACAAGAAUGUGAUGCUGGAGAAUUACAGACACCUGGUCGCUGUGGGUUAUCGAGUGGUUAAGCGCAGUGUGAUCUCCAAGUUGAAGCAAGGAAAAGAGCCAUGGAUAUUAGAAAAAGAACUUCCAAAUCGGAACCGUGCUGACAGAAGACGGAAUGUUCCUGACCCCAGAGCCAAACACCAGGCUGGAAAUGCAAGGAAAGGAGAACUCAGCAGACGUCGGAAAACUACCCAACAUGAAAGCUACGACUGUAGUGAGUGUGGAAAGUCCUUCUGCCAGAAGUCUUCCCUCAUUGUGCACCAGGAAACACAUACCAAGAAGUCCUAUAAGUGUGACAAAUGUGGGCAAUCUUUCUAUAAAAAUGAAGACCUCACAAUCCAUCAGAAAGUUCAUACCAGAGAUAAAACCUACCCAUGCAAAGAAUGUAACAAAAUUUUCUACCACCUGUCAUCCCUCACUAGACAUCUGAGAAUCCACGCAGGGGAGAAACCCUAUGAAUGUAGCCAGUGUGAGAAAUCAUUCUACCAGAAGCCACACCUCACAGAACAUCAGAAAACACACACGGGGGAGAAACCUUUUGAGUGUAAGGAGUGUGGGAAGUUCUUCUAUGUGAAGGCAUACCUCCUGGUGCAUCAGAAGACACACACAGGAGAGAAACCUUUUGAGUGUAAGGAAUGUGGGAAAUUCUUUUCUCAAAAGUCACACCUCACAGUCCAUCAGAGAACACACACAGGGGAGAAACCCUAUAAAUGUAAGGAAUGUGGGAAACUCUUCUCUAGGAACUCACACCUCAAAACACACCAGAGAACUCACACAGGAGAGAAACCCUAUAAAUGUAAGGAAUGUGGAAACUGCUUCUACCAGAAGUCAGCCCUCACUGUGCACCAGCGAACUCACACUGGGGAGAAACCUUUUGAAUGUAGUAAGUGUGGAAAAAACUUUUACUAUAAAUCAGACCUCACCAAACAUGAGAGAAAACACACAGGGGAGAAGCCCUAUGAAUGUACCGAGUGUGGCAAAUCUUUCUCUGUGAACUCAGUCCUCAGAUUACAUGAAAGGACUCACACAGGGGAGAAGCCCUAUGACUGUGAGAUAUGUGGGAAAUCCUUCUCUCAGAAGUCACAUUUUGUCAUACAUCAGAGAAAGCAUACAGGGGAGAAACCCUAUGAGUGCCAGGAGUGUGGGGAAAACUUCAUCCAGAGGUCACAACUCACCACACAUCAGAAGGCACAUGCCAAGAAGGGGAAAACUAGCAAAUAGCAUGCGUUCAGAAUCCCUGCCAUAAUUCAUCCUUCUGAUGUAGUACACACAGAAGGAGAACCUUCUAAGUAUCGAGAAAAAAAUUGUCAGCUAUUUUUUUCUUAAGGAUUAUCAGCACAUAUACAGAAGGAAAUUAUAUGAUGUUAUUAGGAAGAACUUUACAAUAUGGCCAACUUUUAUAAAUAUCAGGUGGCAGAAACUGUAAAACAUGAAAGAUAAAAUGGGGCAGAAAUGCAGCAAAUGAAUGUCCAGAAGUUUCUGUAGUAUCAUCUAGCACUACCAUCCAGAGGACGCAGUGAGGACCUCCCGUGGGUAUCCCAGCACUCACAAGUCUCUUCACACAGAGGCACUCAUCUUAAAAAGAUUGAGGGGACUUAGUACACAGAUUGCAACAGAUUUGGAAGUUUAUCAAGAACACAUCCAUCACUGAAAGUUGGCUAUAUUAAUAUUUUAAUCAUACCUAUGGAGGCAUUAUCAAUAUUUGAAAUAUUUUUAACAAAAAUUAUAAGAAUUUAUACUGAAGGCAGCAGUCACACUGUAAGUCAUGUUGCCAAUCCCAAGAUUGAUUUUACUUCCUAAAGAAACAAACAACAAAAACAGAAACCAUCAAAUAUCACGUAUAUCAAGCUAUUUAAAGAGCAAAAAUAAUCAGGAAACACCAUUAAACAAAGAAGUGUUUUUGAUAUGUAGGAUGUAGGUAUGUACAUGGGUAUCUACAAAAUAUUUGUAAGUGUGUGAUUUGCACAUGGGACUCAUCUGUCAUUGUGCCUAAACUCAAUAGCUGUAAUGUGUGAGGACACUUGCACAUCAACAGUGAUUUCCAUUGAUAGUGUUGUUACUAUAACAUAUGUUGGUGUAUACUUUAAAAACAUAGUGUAUCUUUUCAUCUACUUCCUGGCACUUACAAAUGGGUUCAGACAUUGUUACUAAAUGAACUCUUCAGAAGAAACUUAAAUCCUUUUGUAAUUUUUUCAGCUAUAUCCUAAUCAGCUGAACUUUGGGUUGGAGAUGCAUUUGUAGCAGUCUGAACAGCCUCUAAAGCAGCAGUAUUUACUUAUCUUACUGUAGAUGUUGUGUAGCAGUGGUAUCUGUGUUUGUAUUUUGUAUGAAAAAUACCUCAUGGUUUUUCCUUCCUUUUCUGGGUAGCGGAGGCACCAUGGCCAGUGGCUAAAAGUGAGAUUCUAGGCUCCUGCUACCUUGCCCCAGACCCAGCAUGGGCAUGCCAUGCAGCUUCACUGUGCCUCAGCUUCCCUUACUGUGAGAGCAAUGAUAGCAGCAUCCUAGAAUUGUCGAGGUCAAAAUAGGUUAAUAUUUUAAAGCACUUAGAACAGUGUCUGUAAAACAUAAAAACUCGACAUUAGAUAUUAUUCUCAUUAAUUCAUAUUUCCUGAAUCAUACAGUAAAAAGGUUGGCAAGCCACUACUUAGCUCCCACCUUAUUGCUGUUAGUGCCUUGAUUUGAUUUGGUUGUGUAUCUACCCAUAGUGGCUCAGGAGCAGAUCCUGAGUAGGCAAGGCCAGAGGUUGGUGAAUCACAGUCCAUCUGCCAGAUUCACAGCCCAUUUUUGUAGCCUGUUAGGUGAGAUUAGUUUUAUAUUACUCAAUUAUUGCAAAAAUUAAAUAUUUUCUGACACAUGAAGGUUGUAUGAAACCAAAUUCCAGUGUCUAUACAUAAAGCACUUUGAGAACACUAAUCCAAACCCAUUUGUUUAUAUGGUGCCUGUGGCAGCCCUCACAUUGUGCUAGCAGAGCUAAGUAAUAGAGGCAGACCACAUGGCUAAGAGAGCCUAAGACAUUGAUGACCCAGCACUUUACCACAUAGGUCUCCGUUACUCAGAGCUGCACACACUGCAGCCGGUCCUGAGCCCAAUCUUAUAAAUGUUCUGUUUACCAAACAUGAUGCAGCAGUAUAUGGGUGGGUGAUUUCUGUGCAGUAUAUUUAUUUUGUGUAUUGUAUUUAUAUGUGGAAAAAGCCUAGGCUUAGAAUUAUUUUUCCCAAAGAAAUGUGUUUUUUUACUUACUGAAUUGUUACAUUAAAACAAAUUUCUUGGAGUGUAAUAAAUAUAUGAAAUAAACAUUGCCUCAAUUAAAUUGAA